AUGACGUCUUCUGGUGCUGCUGCAAGCUCCUACUCGGUCCCGAGCCCCUUCACCUUUGGCGGAGUGCAAGCAUUCCUCGACGGGAGGACGCUGUCGAGGAUUUCGCCCCGCUCGAUUUUCGCGAACUACCAGACGCUUACUGUGGCACCCUGCGACGAUCUCGACCCGGAGGAGGUUCACGAGACGUGGUACCUGGACUCGGUGAAAGAGGAGCUGAAGGAGGCGCAGGAACGUGCCACUCGUUCCGAGGCCACAGUUAAGUCGCUCGAGGCGCAGCUCAAAAGCGCGCACCGCUCGCGCGAGGACCAGGUCGCCGUGCAGGCCACCGUCAUCGAGUCGCUGCAGAAGACCAUCAAGGCGUACAAGGAGGCGGCCGAGCAGCAGCGCGCCACGGCGUCGCCGGGCUGCCCCGUGCGCCUUGGCGAGGCCACGUCUUGCCUGGGGCACUGCUGCGUCGGCUUCAGCGGGGUGGUGGGGGCCUUCGUCGCGUGCCGCAAGGCGCGCGACUGA